AUGCCAUUGAAACGAAAAUCUACUCGUCAUUCUCAGCAUGCAACAGACACGGAGAUGAAUGGUGGUGGUGACUCAAAAGAAGCAUCGAAUGCAGCCAGUGCUGCAACUCUCAAAGACGAUAGAGAGCCUAAAAUCACCUUCUUUUCACAUUUGAAAGUUUUUAAAGUGAUUGGACUGUGGAAUUUAACAUUACUCUCUUUGGGAGUUAUUGGCUCCAUGGCGUACGGAGUGCUGCCAAUUAUUUGCCAAUAUAUUCUUGGAGAUUUGAUUGACGACUUUCUUGCUGCAAACUCAAACGCUGCAUAUCGAGCAGAAGCCAUUAAUCAAGUAUGCAUCAAAUUGACAAUUAUUACAUUCUGUGGUAUGGCUGCUUUUGGCUUGUAUCACUUUUUCCUUCAACUUUCCAAUCACAGAAUUGGAACUGCGUUAAGACAAGCUUACAUGAUGCAUUGA